CAGAAAGUAUGUGAGAGGAAUCAGAGCAUCAUCCAAACGCGCCCUUGACAUUCAUGUUCGAAAUAUUGUUUCAUGCCUUCAUGUAACCUGAAGCAUUUGUUCUGCAAUUAUUCAAGAACAUCUACGAUGAACAAUGCAUUCACCACAAAAUCUGUUGAACUCUUGACUGGGGGAAUACAUAUUUGCCAACUGGACGUUAGUAAAAUCGCCAACCGUUAUGCGGCACACCUUCAACUAUGUUCCUCUAACAUACACAGACAUGCUACAUCUUGCCAUGUCAGAAUUAUCCACGCCAACAUGAUCACCUCUGGAUUCAAGCCCCGGGGUCACAUCCUUAACCGCCUGAUCGAUGUGUAUGGUAAGUCCUCAAACCUCUCUUACGCAAGACAACUGUUCGAUAAAAUUCCACAACCGGAUGUCAUAGCAAGGACGACCAUGAUUGUUGCCUAUUCUGCUUCCGGUGAUCCCGCGCUUGCUUCAGACAUUUUUCAUAAAGCCCCUCUAAUCAUGCGUGACACUGUUAUAUAUAAUUCUAUGAUUACAUGCUACUCACAUCACAAUGACGGCCAUGCUGCUAUAAAACUGUUUAAUGACAUGAAAAGAAUGAACUUUUUGCCUGACCAGUACACAUACACAAGUAUGCUUGCCGCUUCGGCACAUAUAGCUGAUUGUGAAUUGCAUUGCCACCAGUUACAUUGUGCUGUUAUCAAGUCUGGAACUGGAAAAAUUACAUCUGUGGUGAAUGCACUUAUGUCAGUGUAUGUGAGAUGCGCAUCUUCUCCAUUUGCAUCUUCGGUUCUGUUAAUGGACUCAGCUAAGAAGCUAUUUGAUGAGCUUCCCAAGAGGGAUGAAUUGUCUUGGACUACCAUUAUUGUAGGUCUUAUAAGGAAUGAUAAUGUUGAUGCUGCACGGAAAGUGUUUGAUGGGAUGGUUGAGAAGAUACUUGUGGCAUGGAAUGCAAUGAUUUCUGGGUAUGUUCAUAAGGGUUUUGUCUCUGAAGCAUUAGAACUAUAUAGACAAAUGCACUUGCUAGGAAUUCAACAGGAUGAAUUUACAUAUUCUAAUGUUCUCAGUGCAUGUGCUGAUGCUAGAUUAUUUCUCCAUGGAAAGCAGGUACAUGCUUACAUCAUAAAGAUGGAAACAGAAGCUAAAGAUAAUUUCCACGUGUCAGUAAACAAUUCUUUGAUUACACUAUAUUGGAAAUGCAAUAGAGUUGAUGGUGCUAGGAAAAUAUUUGAUUUGAUGAUCACUAAAGACCUGAUCUCAUGGAACAUAAUUUUGUCCGCCUACGUGAGUGCAGGGCUGGUUAAUGAAGCUAAGCUGUUUUUUUCCGAGAUGCCAGAGAAGAGCUCCUUAACAUGGACAGUGAUGAUAUCUGGAUGUUCACAAAAUGGGCUUGGGGAAGAAGGUUUGAAGCUAUUUAACCAAAUGAAACUAAAUGGGUUUGACCCAUGCGACUACGCUUUUGCAGGAGCCAUUACAUCUUGUGCAGUUCUUGCUGCAUUAGAAACAGGACGCCAGAUCCAUGCUCAGAUUAUUCGACGCGGAUUUGAUUCAAGCCUCUCUGCUGGAAAUGCACUAGUUACAUUCUAUGGACGGUGUGGAGCCAUUGAGGCUGCAAUGUCUCUGUUUCAUAGGAUGCCAUGCGUUGAUCCAGUAUCUUGGAAUGCUAUAAUUGCUGCCUUGGGGCAGCAUGGUCAUGGUGCUCUUGCAAUAGAACUUUUUGAGGAGAUGUUGGAAGAGAAUAUAACUCCUGACCGUAUAAGCUUUCUAACAGUUUUGUCUGCUUGUAGCCACGCGGGGUUAAUUAAAGAAGGACAACAUUAUUUUAAUUUAAUGCAUACCAAGUAUGGUAUUAGCCCAGGAGAAGAUCACUAUGCUCGCUUUAUUGAUUUGUUGGCUCGAGCCGGAAGGUUCUCAGAAGCAACAAAUGUAAUCAAGAGUAUGCCUUAUAAACCUGGGGCACCCAUUUGGGAAGCUCUUCUUUCUGGUUGCCGACUUCAUGGAAAUAUUGAGCUGGCAGUGCAAGCUGCAGAUCAACUUUUUGGCUUGGUUCCACAACAUGAUGGAACAUACAUACUUAUGGCUAACACGUUUGCUUCUGCAAACAGAUGGAAUGAUGCUGCCAAUGUGCGAAAACUAAUGAGGGAACGAGGGGUCAAGAAGGAGCCUGCCUGUAGUUGGAUUGAAGUUGAAAACAAGGUCCAUGUAUUUUUGGUGGAUGAUACUAAGCAUCCUGAGAUUCAGGCAGUUUACAUGUACUUGGAGGAGUUAACAAUAAAGAUGAGGAAAGCUGGAUAUAUUCCUGAUACGAAGUAUGUGUUGCAUGAUAUGGAGAUUGAACAAAAGGAGCAUGCCUUGUCAACUCAUAGUGAAAAACUUGCAGUUAUAUUUGGUCUUUUGAAGCUACCUCGUGGUGCCACAAUUAGGGUAUUCAAGAACCUUCGUAUAUGUGGGGACUGCCACAAUGCGUUCAAAUUAAUUUCAAACUUGGAGGCAAGAGAGAUUAUAGUGAGAGAUGGAAAGAGGUUUCAUCAUUUCAGAGAUGGUGAAUGUUCAUGUGGUAAUUACUGGUGAUCAUAGUGAUACUUAACCAUCCUCUAUACUUAAUAGGAAUACAAAAUGAUCUGCACCGUUCACUUGAAAAUGAUUUAUCACCGUUAGAUCCCUUUUCAUUCUUAUAUGGUGUACUAUUUCAGUAUUUCCUUUCUCUUUCCAUUUAUUUCACUCUUUUCACCGGUCGGCUUCCGUUCGUCGCUGCAAAUAAAAUAUUUGGCCACAAGAUUUUGCUGUAAGGAAGCCAAAUAUUCCUUUUCAAUUCUAAUGGAAGAUGGGCAGCAGCCACAAUAUUUUGGUGCAAAGAAGCUGAAGAUGAUUUUGUUGUGAACAAGUUGAAGACUAUUUUUCAAUUCUAAUAAAAGAUGGGUAACGACCACAAGGUUUUGGUGUAAAUAAGCUGAAGGUGGUUUUGCUGUAAACAAGUCCAAGGCUUCUUUUCAAUUCUAAUGAAUGAGUUGCAGCCAAUCCUUUUAUCACCAAUCCUUUUAGUAUCUCUGCUCUGCAUCUUUGUCUUCGCCAAUCCUUCUCUAAUCAUAUUGUUGCUGGACAGUUUCGUCUUCCUCACAUGAAAAGAUAUAUAUCGCUGUUGGAUUCUCCUUAAACUGAAGUUGGAUGAACAAAUUGAAGAAUUGAAUUGGAAGGAUGCUCUAUCUAAACCUGAGUGGAAGAAAGCUGUUUUGGAGGAGAUGGAGGCUCUUGAAAAGAAUCAGACAUGGAAGCUUGUAGAGUUACCUAAAAAUAAACCUACAGUUGGUUGCAGGUGGAUUUUCACCCCCAAGUUUAAGGCAGAUGGAAGUUUGGAGAGGUAUAAGGCAAGACUAGUUGCCAAGGGGUACACACAGACCUAUGGAAUUGAUUACAAAGAAACUUUUGCACCAGUUGCAAAGUUGAACACUCCAAUUUGUAAUUUAUCAAGGACGCGGAUAGUAUCCUCAUCCUGUAAUUUCGUUUAGCUUGGAGAAGAAGUGAAGGGACACAGGGAAGGAAGGGUCAUUGGUUCAUAAAGCAGUUUAUAGAGUCCCUCUAUUAUGAUAUCUUUCAAAACAUGAUAGACCGGUGAUGAUUAACCCAGUUUGCUCUACUUCGUUAAAAAUUGUGUUGGAACCAUUUGCUUAGAAAUUUGAUGAGGAAUGGUUUUCAUGUUGUUGAUCACAUACUGUUGAUUGCUUAUGUACAUCCUUUUUCUGAGGCAGGGAUUGCAUUGCUUAGCGAAGAACUAUGCUGCAUUUUCCAUUCCUCACACGUAAUAGUUGCUUGCUCCACAUUCUUAAGUUUCACUCCUAUAUAAAAGGCUGCAGCUCUGUCUACAUACACCAGUGCAGUCUUGAUUGGGAAGAUUAACAUGCCCACCAGCCCUGAUGGGGCUUGCUUUUCUACAACAAAGUGUGUUUGGAAAUGCCAUUCACCAGGAAACAGUGACUUACUGACUUGGCUUUAUUCAGUUAGCAGUGACUUUUACUUCAAAGCCUCUGAUUAGACAUUCUUUAGGGACACAGCUUAGCAUUUCCCGGGUGAAUAUAUUGUUAAGCUUUCAUCCGGUUAUUUACGUUGAAUGAGGAAAGACUAUAUUGAGCUGAAGGGUCCCUCCAGGAAAGCCUUCCCUUUUCAUUUUUUGACAACGCCGCUCCCAAGAAUUUAACCAGUGCACCACCAAGGCUCCCCUUCUGUUUUCUACUCAGCAUGAAAACCUAAUCUCAAAAUCCAUUAACUCAUUAAGUAUUGAAGUCAGCUGGGAAAGGCUAGAACCGUACUGUGGCGAUUGCUCCUGUGUGAGACUGUCAAGUGCCACUAGGCAUAACCCAAUGCUCAAGGACUGCAAAAUACAAUGCUUUAUAUUUGAUGUUUGCAGGCCGGCUAGGCAGUUUGUACAGGGAUGGAGCCAGGCUGUCAAAGAUGAAACAAACGAAGGAACUGUUCUACUUCCAGUGAUCGGAUCACUUCAGACAGGAAGAGCGAGUGGAUGGAGGCUCUUUGGUAUGGACGGUUGGACGGAUGGGGCUGAUUUAGAAGGCUGAUUUAGAAUCACCCUUAAAUAAUCACGGAUCAAUUUCUGCUUGUCGGACUGUGUUCUAAGUCUGAUCGGGCCAAAGCUCGGGUAUUGAACCUGACCCAUUGUCCCAACAUACGGAGUAUUAUUUAGAUGUUUUCCUCGAUAUAGAAAGUCUUUUUUCACUAAAGAUAUGAUAUCAUGGCAAUUUUAGAUAAAAGUAAUGAAGAUUUAAAAUCAAAAUGUAAACAUGAAAAUAAAUAAAUCAUAAUAAAACGAGAAAAGCACGAGAAAUAUUACCAUCCGAGUAUAGCAAAAUGGCAUUUACUGUCAAAGUGUAAUUUUCAGAUCCAAAAUUAAUUAAAAAUAAGUACAUAGCAAAUAAAGACAAAAUUAAAUCAAAAGUAGCAAUGAAUCAAUAAAAAGUAAUAAAUGUAGUCAUAAAAUGAAUCUGAAAUUUUUACCAAAGUAAUAGAAUCAAUAAAAAUAUAAAACGAAAGGUUGAAAACAUAUUCAUUCAAUUGUAUCAUGGUUUAAAUCUUUAUCUAUUAUUUCAAUUUGAUAAAAGUUGGUCAAAACUUAUUUGUAUUUGGAUUCUUGGAAUAUGAAAGUAAACCUCUUUUGUUAGGUUUGGGAUAGAGAAGGCAGGAAUCCUACUAUAUACAAACCAAAGUGGAAAAUCAGCCAAUAUUCCUACCUAAAGAUACGGGUAAGGAAGGAUGGGUGGGAUCUUAAAUAGGAGUAUUGUGAGAUGAUUUUUGCUUACUAUACGCUUCAGAAUCAAGCUUAUCAAUAUCCGAGAAGAUCUCAAACUUAUGGAUAAUAGGAGUACUCCGUAAUUAAAAGGUGUAGAGUCAUGUGGGUCAGCAUAUCAAGAUCCCCAAAUGAGCAACAAGCCAAUUAAUGACAUUCAGAUCAUACAUCUCUCUCGGUUGAAAUCUAAGUAGCACCGGGACGGAAACGGAAACGGGGAUGGAGACGGGGACGGAGAAACUCUAAACUCAAAAUAUCAAGAUACGGGUACGACAAGGAAACGUCGAACUAAAAAUUAAAAUUUUACUAGUAUAAGUAAUUUUUACGUCCAGUGUCCAACAAGUAUGAAAUAAUUAAACACUUCGAUCCACUUGAACAAAUUAAAGUAAGUCCCAACCCACUUGAACAGGUCAACAGUCAACACUUCAACCCACUCUUCCAGCGACUUCAGCAAUCAGCACAAGGUCUGGAACUUUCGCCGGACACCAAAUAGUCUGAAUUUCAGACUGAAACUUUCGCCGGUCACCAACUUCAGCGCAAGGUCUUCGUCUCCCCGUCGUCACCACUCUAGCGUCGCGUAUUGCUGCAGUAAAACCCUCAAAUUCCGUCGACGUCGAGUGAUGGAUGCUAGAGUCGCAGCCUCGCAGGUUAGUUGUGAUUAAAAAAAAUUAACGCGGAUUAGGCCCAGCUCCAAAUUGACCGACCUUUUUUUAGAAAACUAACCAGAAACGCCUCAGCCCACUUGAAUUCCCGUUUCCUAUACGUUUCCCCGAGCCGGCCCAAAAGCCCAAGUGCUCAGAAACGUUUCCCUGCGUUUGCCAGUCGUUUCCCGGCGUUUCUGCGCGUUUCGCGUUUCCGAAACGUUUCCGGGACGGAAACUUGAAAUGCAUCCAUAUCGCCAUAGGAAUAUUCAUCCCUGCUGAUAACGUUAGUGAAGAAACUCGCGGAGAUGGCGUCUUUUAAUAAGAAGGGUGGAUGAUACGGAGGAGUUGAAACUCGAUAGAUAAGAUACCGGAUACUCCACUAGCAUAGAGCCAGGCGUGAGAACUGAGACGCCCCAAGAGUGCGAGACUCAAAUCCGGAAGAGGCAGCAUGGGCCGAUCGAAGAUUCAGAUAUUCCAGCUUAAUUGCUUCCUAUGAUCUUCUUCUGAAGUUCCAGAUAGCUGAAGCUGCGAAGCAUCUCUGCUUGAAGUUGUAUUUUGUCUCUUAUGGUUUGGAAACGUCGUUGAGUUAGCUACACCAGUUGCAUGCAAAGGUAUUGUCGGCGCCUCGGCGGUGAUGACAGGGCACUUGAAUUCCAGAUUCCUUUGAGCAAGCAUUUCCCUGCACAGUAUACUGUGUGCUCGGACGUGAAACAUGCUUCCAAGUACAUUAAUGUGAUGUUGUCGAAGAAACAAAUGGGAAUUUUCCGGAAGACACAAUGGGGUCACUUUGUUGAUAUUCUUGAUAUUCAGUUAUGUGCCCAAAUUGUGCACAUGUUGCUGUUACGGCUGGUGAAGCAGCAACCCGAAGAUUUCUGCCGCAUAUCCGGAUUACCUCCGGCAGCCCCUAGGCCUGUCGUGGCUGAACAUAGUGGAAAAGAUGAUGAAGAGGCUGAAGAGGUGGAAGAACCUGGGGAGAUUGCUAAUGCGUACUUUGGUGGAUCACUGGAUAUCACUUUCCAGAUGAUGAAGGAGAAGGUUGAAAUGGUACGUCCAAGUAAAAAAAGGCAAUGCUAUGCUAUGCUAUGUGUGAAGCUUGCAUCCCCUCUUCCUAGUUGAGAACGUACAGCUGGGAAGACACAGGACAACAAGGAUCAACCAGAGGUCUAUUCAGCUAGUUAAUGACUUUGAAGAGUUCAAGAAGGAGCCGUGGUCAAGAGAUGCUUACCAUUUGCUUGUCACACAUCUCAAGGGUCGUCUUGAUGGGCAGCCAAAGAAGUUUUUUUGACAGUAAGGCUAAGAACCUUGGAUACAAAAAUGCCAAGUUUUCGGUCUACGGUUUUCCAUUGGUCCUACAAGUAUGAUCCUCAUUUAUUUUGUUUGAUUUUGUACUGUAUCCUUCCCAGACAUAUAUGUAAAUGGUCACAAACAUGUUCUGUGUGAGCAUUUUAAAAAGCUGUCUGGGAAGGUCCAAAUAUGUCUGGUCCAGAUUUAUGCUCACACAGAACGUGUCUGUGACCAUUUACAAAUAUGUCUAGGAAGGAUACAGUACAAAAUCAAACAAAAUAAAUGGGGAUCAUACCUGUAGGACCAAUGGCAAACCGUAGACCGAAAACUUGGCAUUUUUGUAUUCGGGGUUCUUAGCCUUACUGUCGAAAAACUUCUUUGGCUGCCCAUCAAGACGACCCUUGAGAUGUUUGACAAGCAAAUGGUAAGCAUCUCUCGACCACGGUUCCUUCUUGAACUCCUCAAAGUCAUUAACUAGCUGAAUAGACCUCCGGUUGAUCCUCGUUGUCCUGUCUCUUCUCAGUAGUACGUUCUCAACUAGGAAGAGGGAUGCAAGCUUCACACCUAGCAUAUCAUUGCCUUUUUUACUUGGACGUACCAUUUCAACCUUCUCCUUCUACAAUUUCUUUGGAUUUCUAUAAUUUCUUACUCCUGUUUAAUUUCUUUUGUAUUAAUAUUUUAAUUCCAUUUUCAGACUUAAAUAAAAUUAUUACAAUCUUAUAAAAUAUCAAUUCUAGUUACAUGUUUUUAGAAAAACCUUUUUAAUUGAA